UUCAAAAAAUGACAGCUGUGAUACGACGACAAAGUGAUUCACUUGGGUGUACUGAAGCUUGAAAUUCCAGUUUUUGCAAAAAUUUGACCAUUUUUCAGGUCCGCAUCGUUUGAUUUGAUAAUCGCUAGAAAGUGGUGUGUAUUUUGUUAAUUGAACACGCAAAGUUGCUACAUUAGUGCCUGCGUAAUACAAGUCAGGCGGCUGAGAGUGCAAACCUGCAGCUCCCCAACUGAUGUCACGCGAAGGAACAGGAUUGUCUCGCAGCGGCAGUGCCAGUGGGCCACGCGAUUACGGAGCGACUAGUAGCAGUGCGGUGACCAGCAUGCCAGCGGCAGCGGAUGCCAGUAAUUUCGGCGGCUUCAGCCCGACCGAGUUCAUCUCGCUGAGUGAGUCCAUAGCGGCCAACACGAUCUUUGUGAAGCAAAGCUGGCAGUUUCUGGAGAAGGCUAACCGUACCGUGGGCACCCAGAAGGAUAACCAAACGUUGCGGGAUAAAGUCCACGAAAUACAAACUGGAACGAAUCAAAGGAUAUCCACCACCAGCAAAGAUUUGCAGCGGCUGACGAUAGUCGUGCGCAGAGGUGAUAAGCAGCAGAAGCUACAGGUCGAGAAGUUGACAUCGGAUUUCACACAUGUAGUACAAAUGUACUACAAAAACCAGCAGGUCAUAGCGGCAAAAAUGAAGCAAGUCCUGUUGGUUAACGCCUCCCAACAGGAUGAUCUUAACGCGUCCGGUUUUGGCGACAGUCAGGAACAACUUCACCAGCGGCAACAGCAACAGCUACAGCAGAGUCUUCAGUUCGAGCAGGACAUGCUGCUGGAGCGGGAGAUGCGAUUCCGGCAGAUUGAAGCUGAUGUGUUGGACGUGAAUCAGAUUAUGGCAGAAUUGAGCAGUCUUACCAAUUUGCAGGGGGAGGUUGUUGACACCAUUGAGAAUACAAUAGAACAUACGGUGACGAAUGUGGAAUCCGGUGCAACGGAGCUAGCCAAGGCGGCUGAAUAUCAGAACAAAUACCGCCGCAAGGUCAUCUACUUGCUGAUACUAGCUGUGAUAUUGGGCUUGAUAGUAACGGGAAUAAUCGUCUCUCGGCUCAAGAGCUAAAUGGCCGACGAUCAGUACAUGUUUCUGUUUCAUACAUCGUGCAGUAUGCACAUAAGUUAUUUUAUCAAUCUAUAAUAUUUGUUCACAAAAGGGACACAAUUUUGUUGUUAAAUAUAAAUCUAGGUAAAAUAUUUUCCAAAAAACUAGUAUAAUAUGUAGUUCGACUAAAAUCUGUUAUGCAUAUUUCUCUUUGGUUUCUAACAAGAAGCAAAUAAGAUCCGCCAUCAACCAUAUACUGUUUUGAGUCUCUCGCGAUGCAACUCACAUUAAUGAUACGCAGUCGAAUGUUUUUGUACGUUUGAAUAAUCAAAUUUAAACAUUUCGUAAGAUUAACCAUCAGAAAGGCAAGCUGUAAUCGUGACUUCAAGAAGCGUCGCUCCUAAGACCCAGUGAAAUCAAAAACCUUUUUUUCUGUCGUUUUAUCAGUGAGAGAAUUAAAAAAGCCAAAAACGCUCGAUCAUUACUAUUUUUAACUACACACAGAAAAAAAAUCUUGGUAAAAGUAAGAGUGAUCCGCUCUUAGAAAAAAACAACCAACGCCUACUAUUAGGUUGAAAGUAAAACUUUCAAAUUAAUCAACAAUAAUAAUCAAAAUAAAAGUUUUCUUUAAGCUAAUGAAGAAUAAUAAUUAAAAUAAAAGUUUUAUUUUCAAACUAAGAGUAUGCGUUAGUUGUUUUUUGCUAAGAGUGAAAAACUUAUUUUUACCAAUAUUUUUUUUCUGUGUGUACAAGUUCAAACAUUCAAACCAGAGAAUUGUACCCAGGCGUGUUUCCGAUAUCCAUUGCCUCUCUUCACUCUCACUUAUCUGAUAAACCGGGUUUACCCGUGCGUUAAAGCUGGUUUAAAAAUAAAGUGAGUGUGGAGAAAUCGGCCAUAACAGUGUAGCUUGACCCAAUCCCCUUUACUGGAACACCGAUAGAAUCAAGUAACGAUCUUUUUGUGUUUUUCUAUGUAAAAAAAUUAUUGCAGGUCAUUCUGAUGUUUUCGAAUUUAGGAAAAAAAGUUGCAUUCAGAAUGUUGAGCCCUAUCGAUGUAUGUUAUCAGAUAAUAAGUUUCCAUUUCAUUAGGUGACCCCUUGAAAGACAUUCAGCGUUUGCUUAGCAACAUAUUACUAGUUUUUAAUAAUUGGGUAGGUGGUCAACAGCUAUGAAUAUAUCUUCAAAAAUCGUGACAAAUAUUAGCGUGACGAAUGAAAAUUAAUUUAGAGUCAUGUUAAUAAAAAUAAAAAAAGUUACAAAUAGUGGUUAUGACGAAGCUUAAUGUUAUAUUACAUAUUACACAAAUGCGAACAUAUUUUGAUUCGACAAAUCAAUAAUCAUCUAGACACAUAUACCUAUUUAAAUUUAAAUAUGUAUUGUAAUGAUAGAAAUCGACUUGAACAUUGAAUAAAUAUCAUUAUGCAACUGAUCACGUUGAUUCUAAUGAAUCACACAUUUCAG